CAUAUGACUCGUAGGGAAGAGAGACCGACACACAGAGGAGUGGGAGUGGAAGUUGAAGAGGAAAGAAUUUUUUUUUUCUUUCAUUUAUUGGAUAAAAUUAAUGGUCACCCAGUGAUUUGGUUUCUACUUGGUGCAUUGUUGGUGGGAAGAACUGAGUUAUGGGUGAUUCAAGUGGUUCAGUUUCUGUUGAUAUAGAGAUGAUUCCUUUCGGGGGAAAGGAGUGUCUGGUGAAGACGAGCAAAGGUUCAGUCUCUGUUUUCAUUUGUGGAGAUCAAGAAAAGCCUGCUAUUAUAACAUACCCAGAUGUUGCUCUUAACUACAUGUCCUGUUUCCAAGGCCUCUUCUUUUGCCCUGAUGCGGCUUCUUUGUUGCUUCACAACUUCUGCAUUUACAACAUCGACGCACCGGGGCAUGAGUUGGGAGCUGCAGCAAUUUCUUCAGAUGUGCCAUUGCUUAGUGUUGAUGACCUUGCAGACCAGGUGGCCGAAGUGCUCGACUUCUUUGGGCUAAGAGAGGUUUUAUGCUUGGGUGUAACCGCUGGUGCUUACAUCCUCACACUUUUUGCUAUGAAAUAUAAAGAACGUGUAGUUGGAUUAAUUCUCGUUUCCCCAAUUUGCAAAGCACCGUCAUGGGCUGAAUGGAUUUACAACAAGGUAUUGUUGAACCUAUUAUACUUUUAUGGUAUGUGUGGUUUACUAAAAGAGUGUCUUCUUCAGCGCUACUUCAGCAAGGAACUUAGAAGUGGCUCUCAUGGUGCACAAUCAGACAUAAUACAGGCAUGCCAAAGGCUACUGGAUGAAAGGCAAAGUUUGAAUGUCAUGCGCUUUCUGCAAGCAAUUAAUGAGAGGCACGACCUCACAGAGGGCCUAAAAAGACUGCGGUGCAAGACACUUAUUUUUGUUGGUGAAAACAGUCCUUUUCGAGCUGAAUCUGUAUACAUGAGUGCUAAAAUGGACAGAAAAUCCACUGCUCUUGUUGAGGUAAGAUGCAAUCUUCUUUUUUCCUUUUUUAAUUCCUGUGAUUCAAAGAACUUACUGUUUUUGGGUAUCAAGGGAACCCCUGACCCUUUGCACGGAGCAGCUUGCCAUUGGCCAAGCAAAUGUCCUCUUGUUUUUCAGUGGAAAAUGUUGAGGAAUGAAAUGAUAAUCACUCUACUCGAUGUGCUAGUCACUCAAUUUUUUCCUCCCACUUUUGGAGGGAUUAAUUUUGAAAUGGAGAGUAAAUCCGUUUCCUUCGCCAGUUCCUUUUCCUUUAUCUUCGCCUCAUAUCACCCGGUCCAGAUUCCUUGGAGGAGAGUGCUACUUUGAAAUGUGUCCAAAAUUACAUCGCAGAGCUGAUGUUUCGUUUUUUUGCGUAGACGUAUUGCGGUGCAGAUCUUUAGGGAUAAUGUCUUCACUGAACUCCAGCAGAUGUAGACAUGCCUAGAAAAGAUAGAUAUAUAUUAACUGUGGUCGACAUAUGUUAACUUUAGUCUGCUGUACUUUCUUAUAGGUUUUGUCAGGAGAAAAAUAAAAAAUAAAUAAAUAAAUAAAUAAAUGGUUGAACGCCACAAUCAUAUUGUAUAUCAUAAUCUGUUGACAUUUAUAUGAUAAUUUGCAUUUCCGAACAGGUUCAAGCAUGUGGCUCACUGGUGACUGAAGAGCACCCAUAUGCAAUGCUGAUUCCCAUUGAGUUCUUCCUAAUGGGUUUUGGCUACCACAGGCAGCCAUCUUUUGCUGCAUCUUCAUCAAGUAAUGGUUCGAAUCCCGCCAGCCCCUCGAGUCAUUCCUACAUAGCGCCAGAGCUUCUCUCUCCCGAGAGUCUAGGGAUCAAACUGAAGCCCAUUAGGACCCGUGCAACGAUCGAAGUAUAAAUAUGAUGAUGCAAAAAGCAUCAUUACUUGUCAUCACUGCAGCAGAAUAUGGAGGCAGGACUUGCACAUAUGAUUAAUAUAGCUAUUUUGGGUAUACUUGAAUUUAGUUUAGCAUAUUCUUUUGUUAUGUUGUAUCAGUGGGGGGCGAGUUUUGGUGUUUUGGGGUGACUCUGCAAUUUCAUUUUAUUUUUUUAUUUUUCUAACUGGGCGGAGAUAAAAUAGAAGAAAUAAAUGAUUGAAUAAGGGGUAGAAGCAUUCUUUAAAGGGAGGUGGGGAAAUGUACAUGUAACAAUACUUCCUUUUUCAUUUUGGUAUUAUAUCAAUGUUAUGUAAGUUCUAUAUGAUUGGCAGUCAGACCGAGUGUCCAUACUGUGGGAUCAUUUGUUUGUUAAAUGUCAUUGGGUAAUUAGAAAUAAAAGAUUAAAGGACUUGCCUGAUGUUAA